UCCUAGUUGGACUUAAAUCUCCCCGACGUUCCCCAUUUCCCAGGAGCAGCCAUGCACCUGAGCGCGUACGAGUCGUGCCAUUCCUUGGUCGUACUCUGCAUCCUCCUGAGGAGUUGCCAAACCUUCAAGAACGACGCCACGGAGCUCCUGUUCCCGCAUGUGAGCGCGCCGGUGCCGGAGCUUCAGAGCAACGUGACCCUGAACCGGGCGCGCAACGGCGGGAGAGGAGCCGGCAGCGCGGCGCACGACAGAGGCGAACGAAGCCAAAUUGGAUGCAGAGAGCUGAGAUCCACGAAGUACAUCUCUGACGGCCACUGCACCAGCAUCAACCCCAUCAAGGAGCUGGUGUGCACUGGCGAGUGUCUCCCAGCUCCAAUGCUUCAAAACUGGAUCGGCGGCGCCUACGGCAGGAAGCUCUGGGGUCGCCGGAGCAGCAACCAGGACUGGCGGUGUGUCAACGACAAGACCCGCACGCAGCGCAUCCAGCUGCAGUGCCAGGACGGCAGCACGAGAACAUACAAAAUCACCGUGGUCACAUCCUGCAAGUGCAAGAGGUACUCGAGGCAGCACAACGAAUCGGGCAACAAGUUUGAGGAGCAGGCUCUGACGCCGCCACAGCUCCUGCACAAGCACAAGUCCAAGAGCAAGAGGAGGCUGGGGAAGAACCGGCUGAGCGAGAACUGGCACGAGACUGAACCCUGAGAGCUGGCAGGCAUGCAGACUCUUAAUCCACAUCAACCUGCAGGUGUUUUGUCUCAGUGACGUUGAGACAGGACGUCCAGAGCUGUGGAUUAUCUCUUAAUGGGACUGGGACUUGAGUUAGGUGAAGCUGGUUCCUCACUAUGAUGGAGCGCUCCAAAGGGCAUGCUAAAGACUUUUUUUGACAUUUGAAUCCAUGUGGUUAAAGAUAAUGUGAACAGAACCGGGGUCUACAGUCUGCAGAGCUUUCUAUAACCCUGAGCAAACCCACAUUGUCCCAGAUGUAGCCAUGUGCAUGUGUUCCUAUAUUCUUUUUAUAUGCAGAUGGAGAUCUGCAGUCAACUGUUUCGGCACCAACACCACUCAACAACACAAACAUCUCAAAAGAAUCCUGUGUAAAUACUUGUACAUAUAUCAGAUUCUUACUUGCCUUUUGAAGUAUGGCCAUGUGUAUAAAAUUUUACUAUGUAAGAUUUAUGAUGUAUGAUGUAAUAUAUUUUUGCUGCAAUAUAUAAUAUGAUAUGUUCUGUGUCUAUAAGUGGCAUCAGCAUGUGGGUGAAAUCUGGAAAAGCUUUUCAUCGGCCUGUAUUGUUAUAACUUUAUAUGAAAUAAA